CGAGCGAGUGCAAGCGCUCGAAGUGGAUUGAGUGUGGAAGGGAUUGAAGGAGAGACAUGACAAAAUAUCAAGAGGGAAAGCACGCACUACCAUGCGAGCUAAAUUUGCGACCGCUGGAAUAGAGGAUGUCGGAUUAAUGGUGACUAUUAUAACCCGUUUUCGCAGAGGAAGCUUUUCGAUUGGGACUUUGGAAGAGAGGGUCCACGGGGAAACAUGGCCGAAGGAGGGGCGGUUAAAGGUGGCGCAGAAUGCACCGCCAAAUCGGCGGAGCAGGAAGAGCGGAUUCUGCCCCAGCCUCUGUCGGGAGCAGGCCACUGCAAGUGGUUCAAUGUUCGAAUGGGGUUCGGAUUUAUAUCAAUGACCAGCAGCGAGGGGAGCCCCCUAGACCUCCCUCUGGACGUAUUUGUCCACCAAAGUAAGCUGGUGAUGGAUGGCUUCCGCAGCCUGAAAGAGGGCGAGCAGGUGGAGUUCACCUUUAAGAAGUCCUCCAAGGGCCUGGAGUCCCUGCGGGUGACGGGGCCAGGCGGGGGGCCAUGCGCGGGCAGCGAGAGGAGACCCAAAGGGAAGGCCAUGCUCCAGAAGAACCGCAAACAAAAGGGUGACCGCUGUUAUAACUGUGGAGGUCUGGACCACCACGCCAAGGAGUGUGGCCUGCCCCCCCAGCCAAAGAAAUGCCACUACUGCCAGAGCAUCAUGCACAUGGUGGCCCAGUGUCCCCACAAGGCGCUGGCGCCCCCCACUGGCUCUCAGGACCCCCUGCACCCCUCUACCUCGACCGACCUGUACCCCCCCGACGAGGAGGAGCGCUCGGGUUCAUCCCCCCUCGAUGGCCCCUCGUCCUCCACGGAAGCGCCACCCCAGUCACACUGUGGUGGCCCCCAGAGGUGGAGGAAAUAGCCGGGGAGAAGGGGAGAGGUGUACCAUGACCCUGACUCCCCUAACCUAAGGAACCCCCAAAAUCCCAUCCCUAAUCUACCUCACACUCGUGAAAAAAAUGGGAGGUAUAUUUUUGGGUGGACCAGCAAAGUUAUGGAAACGAUCACCGGGAUACGGAUUUGUGUGAAUGUGUGUGACUGGCUGACUGGUUGUCAUCUGGUUGCAGCUAUGGCAACCAUCGCUGGGGAUACGGACUCAUGUGAAUGACUGUGUGUGACUUCUCAACCAGUGCAGCUCAAGAGACAAAAUGGUCUAAAAUAGAAACAAGGGUUAGGGUUAAGUGUUAGGGGUUAGGGUUAGGGUGAUUGUAAACCUGAGUUAGAUGACUGGUGUCAUCCGUAACACGUUGUGUGGUAGUUUCUGAAUAGAACUCGGUUUCCUUUUAGAUUUUAGUUCACGUGUUUCAUAUUAUAUUAUUAUUCUAAACAUCAUGAUGCCUCUUUUUUAGCAGUAAGACUUUUAAAAAAGGCCUUGAUGUAGGCCAAUGUUUCCUAAUAGAGCAUAUUUUAGUUUUGCCCCCAAGCCUUUGAUUAUUUACAAUCCUGUGUGUUAGUGAUACAUCAAAAACUAACAUAUUUUAGUUUUGCCCUAGCAGUAACACACUUGAUUUAACUUAUCGCCAAGCCUUUGAUUAUUUACAAUCCGGUGUGUUAGUGAUACAUCAAAAACUAAAAUGUGUACCCCGUUGGCUCCCCGGGGCCAGGAUUGCAAAAUACUGAUUGGUCCUCUAUAAAAACAAUAGAACCGCAAAAAAUCUGAAUCCAAAUGAUGCUUCAGUGUGACCUAUUGAUCAGUGUUGGCGAGAGCACCAUGGAUACCAGGGUGAAAGGUUGGAAAGAGGAUGGGGGCGUAGGACCCAUUCAAUAACCCUUGUGGUCAUGUGCAACACUCUGCUUUACAGAAACAGAACUGGACCAACUGCCGGGGGGGUUCAUAAGAACCAGGAACUGGUUGUUAUUAUAUGGUUGUAAUGACGUCAUUUCAACCAGCUUUGCCCACUGGGUGAUUGUUGUUAAACCUAGUUUGAAGUGUGUGUGUGUGUGUGUGUGUGUGUGUGUGGGCACAAGCGUGUGUGUGUGUGGCAUAGCCUGGUGCAGUGAAGUCACCUUUGCGGGUAGAUUUUGGCACAAGACAUCAUAGCAACCAGUAUUCUGCUGCGAAAAGAAGCCUAACUGUCACUCCUGAACCACAGAAGAUGAGCUUUUCUAGUUCAGUGGUACUAACAAUUGACUGCAGAGUGCUAGUGGGGGAAUAGUAUUGAAUCCAGGCAUGUGUGCACUUGCUUGUGUGUGAGUGGGGUUGUUAGGAACGUGUGAGAGACGUUGUUCCUUUCCUAAAACAUAACAGAGAAGUUUGAUCCAGGCUUUGAGAUUGGGGCCAACCUCUAGUCGACUUGAUAUUAAUGUUUCAUGUAAUCCUAGAAAGACAUGCCUUUGAAAAAGUGUUAUCACUCGAGACCUUGCCUGGCUACCCAGAUUCCUUGCUCUUGCCAAACGCUAAGCCACGCUCACAGACGUUAGUUUCUUCUCCGCAGUGAGUCUGGAUCUGAGUAUCUCCCAGACCCUUCACUGAAUGCCAACACAUUUGAGGACAUCUGAUUGGUCCAGGAACCGAUGGGUUGGGCCAGAGCUAGAACAAACAUGGGUAAAGCGGCGGUUUGAAAAUGUGUCAUUGGCAUUGAUACUCUGAUUGGUUAGAGACGAUCCAAUCGAUGUUGACUUUGUUUUGUACAAAGCCUCUCGUGUCCCUCGUCACCACAAAAUCUUAAAUGAUGGCAGACCGAGACACUCAAAAUGUGAUCUGGAGACCGGACUCGAGUAGCCUAACAACUUCUUCUUCUGAAGAAUUUAGUGUGAGUUAGGCUACUCGAGUCCGGUACCCAGACCACAUAUUGAGUGUCUCGGGCUUGUCUCGGAUACAUUUUUACUCUGUCUUGACUGUUUCGGCUCAGUCUCGGACAAUGAGGACUCGUAAACAAAAUCUGAAUUAUCAGCCCCCGUUCAGUCAAUGCUUCACCAAAUAUCCACACUCCUUUUAUAACACCUUCCAUACUUACUCAUAACAAUACUGUCCUUUACUACAGUGCAUUCUGAAAGUAUUCAAACCCCUUGAAUUGCUCCUCAUUUUGUUACAUUACAGCCUUAUUCUAAAAUGGAUUCAAUAAAUGUUUUUCCUCAUCAAUCUACACACA